AUGGAAGCGCAGCAUGAACAAGGGGCGGGUCAUAUGGCCGAGGGCUAUUUCAGAGCGACGGGCAAGCCUGGUGUGGCAUUUGUCGCGGCGGGUGCAGGCCUGACUAGUAUCGUUACGCCAAUGCAGGAUGCAUUGUGUGACGGCACAGCGAUCGUUGUCAUAUGUGGGCACACACCGAAACGCGCUCGUUUGGACCAGGAUCCCCUUGUUGAAGUCACUGAGAUUACGAAAGGAUGCUCGAAAUGGAAUGUAAUUGUCCAGGAUAUCAACGACCUGCCUCAGCGCAUUCAUGAAGCGUUUGCCAUCGCGACAAGCGGACGGCCCGGUCCUGUUCUGAUCGAGAUACCUCAACGCCUUAAUUCACAAUUAUUGACCAGACCAAGGCGCAUAAGCAACACUUUCAAGACACGGAUUAACCCAUCCGGGGGAGCAGCACGAAUACAGCCAGACCGACUGUUUCAUGACACGCUUCAACGGGUAGCGCGCUUGGUCAACGGCGCUAAAAAGCCAAUCCUGUAUUGCGGGCAGGGUAUGUCGGGCAACCCAGAGGGGGUGGCCAUCUUGCAGGAGUUCGCAGACAAGGCGCAAAUCCCGGUGACCACAACAUUACAAGGGCUAGGGGCAUUUGACGAGCACGACCCCAAAGCCUUGCAUAUGGUGGGCCUACAUGGCGCUGCCUAUGCCAACUUAGCCAUCCAAGAAGCGGACCUAAUUCUUGCCAUGGGUGCCCGCUUUGAUGACCGCGUUACUGGGAAUAUUGCUAAAUUUGCCCCCAACGCUCUAAGCGCCGCUCAAGAGGGUCGCGGUGGUAUCAUACAGUUCGAUAUCGCGCCAAAGAACAUCAACAAGGUGGUUUCGGUCACUGAAUCGCUCCAGGGUGACUGCUCUGAGAACCUAUCUCUGCUGAUGCCGCUAGUAAAUCCGGUUUCCAGCAGACCAGAAUGGAUGGCGCAGAUUCAAAUGUGGAAAUCAAAAUACCCUCUAACAGGAUACUCCUCGACCCCCACAGAACCAGUACCUAGUCUCAUUCGAGCGCAAGAGGUUAUUGAGAGAUUGAGUAAUAUAGUGGAACCUAUUAAAGAUCGCACAGUCAUCGCAACCGGCGUUGGUCAACAUCAGAUGUGGGCGGCACAACAUUUCAGGUGGCGGCAUCCAAGAACCAUGAUCACAUCAGGUGGGCUUGGAACCAUGGGUUAUGGACUGCCGGCCGCGAUUGGCGCCAAAAUCGCCCGUCCAGAGGCGUUGGUCAUUGAUAUUGACGGCGAUGCCUCCUUCAACAUGUCGAUAGCUGAACUACUCACCGCUAGCGCUUAUAACAUAGGCGUAAAGGUCUUGUUGUUCAACAACGAGCAAAUGGGAAUGGUGUCGGACCUACAGCGCUUGUACUACCAGUCACGCUUUGCACAGAAUAGACAGGGAAAUCCCGAUUUUGUACUGGCUUCCGAAGCCUACGGAGUGUCCUCUCGACGGUGCGUCUCUCCAGGUGAUAUCGACGAAAUGUUGAACUGGUUGGUGCAUACCGAUGGGCCCGCGUUGUUGGAGGUAAUCACGGAGCAAAACAGCCCCGUGUGGCCUGUUGUCCCUGCCGGCAAAGGUCUCCACGAAUUCAUUACGUAUCCCGAAGCUCAUUCUUAG